CCGGGAGCGCGCGCGCGCGCGCGCCUGUGUGUGAGGGAAGGAGCCGUCGGUGCCGCGCGCGGCAGGCGGAGCCCGCGGCGGGGAGGGGAGGGGUCCCGGCCGCCGCACACCCCCCCCCCCCCCCCCCUCCCCGCGCCUGUACCCGUACCCGCACCGGCCGUGCCUCCCGCCGGACCCGGCUGAGGGGAGAGGUGAGAGAGAGCCCGGCGGGAGCGCGGGGGUCCGCCGCCGGGCCCUGGGCUGUGCCGCAGCGGAUCUCAAGUAGCAGGAUGGACGAACUCUAACUGACAGAGAGGCAGACAACACACCCUUUCAGCAUGGAGACCGUUCCGGUUGAUGGGGAACUUGAUAGAAAUUCACAUCAUGGUGAUAACAGAGACUCUCAUGGACCAUCAACAGUGGUAACAAACAGCGAUGAAUCACAGCUUUUAACUCCAGGAAAAAUGAGCCAGCGCCAGGGGAAAGAAGCCUAUUUUACUCCAACCAAAGAGUUACUCCAACCAUCUCUCAGCCCAGGAACUACCCAUAGCCAUGGUUUUGACAAAGGGAAGGAUGAUGUGUCACAAAGUAAAGAGGAUACAGCACAUUCUAUGUCAAAAAGCAAGUCUGAAUCCAAGCUUUUCAAUGGCUCUGAGAAGGACAUCUCUUUAUCUUCAAGCAAACUUACAAAAAAAGAAUCUCUCAAGGUUCAAAAGAAAAAUUACAGAGAAGAGAAGAAGAGAGCUACGAAAGAAUUACUUAGCACUAUCACAGACCCAUCAGUUAUUGUUAUGGCUGACUGGUUGAAGAUUCGUGGUACCUUGAAAAGCUGGACCAAACUGUGGUGUGUACUGAAACCAGGAGUGUUGCUUGUUUACAAAACUCCCAAAAAUGGCCAGUGGGUAGGAACAGUGCUCCUGAACGCUUGUGAACUCAUUGAGAGGCCUUCUAAAAAAGAUGGCUUUUGUUUCAAACUUUUUCAUCCUUUGGAGCAGUCCAUAUGGGCUAUAAAGGGUCCCAAAGGUGAAGCAGUUGGUUCUAUAACUCAGCCAUUGCCCAGCAGCUAUUUGAUCAUCCGAGCUGCUUCAGAAUCAGAUGGCAGGUGUUGGAUGGAUGCUUUGGAGCUAGCACUGAAAUGUUCAAGUCUGCUUAAACGUACAAUGAUUAGAGAAGGUAAAGAACACGAUUUGAACUCUUCAGCAGACAGUACUCAUGUCUCUCUCUAUGGUCUGCUUCGUGCUAACAACUUGCACAGUGGAGAAAACUUACCGUUAAAUGACAGUGAAAUUGAAAGGCAUCACUUUAAAGAUCAAGAUAUGUACUCUGACAAAUCUGAUAAGGAAAAUGACCAUGACCACGAGGAAUCCGAUAAUGAUGGAUUGGGGAAAAGCGAAGAAAGCGAUAGCGACACAUCGGAGCGACAGGAUGAUUCUUACGUUGAUCCAGAACCAAUUGAUGUCAAGGAAACUACUUAUUUAGAACAGAGUCAUGAAGAGCUUGGGGAGGCAGGGGAGGCUGCUCAGACAGAAGUAGUGUCAGAAGAAAACAAAAGUCUGAUCUGGACAUUGUUGAAGCAAGUCCGGCCAGGAAUGGACUUGUCCAAGGUUGUACUGCCUACGUUUAUCUUGGAACCUCGUUCUUUCCUGGACAAGCUGUCUGAUUACUACUACCAUGCAGACUUUCUGUCCGAAGCUGCCCUUGAAGAGAAUGCUUACAACCGCAUGAAAAAAGUAGUGAAGUGGUAUUUGUCGGGAUUCUACAAAAAGCCAAAGGGACUAAAAAAGCCGUACAAUCCUAUACUUGGUGAGACUUUCCGCUGCAUGUGGAUUCAUCCAAGGACGAAUAGCAAGACUUUCUACAUUGCAGAACAGGUAUCGCAUCAUCCUCCAAUAUCUGCCUUCUAUGUUAGCAACCGCAAGGAUGGUUUUUGCCUUAGUGGUAGCAUUCUGGCCAAAUCAAAAUUCUAUGGGAAUUCAUUAUCUGCCAUACUAGAUGGAGAAGGACGGCUGACAUUCCUAAAUAGGGGAGAAGAUUAUGUAAUGACAAUGCCAUAUGCUCAUUGUAAAGGAAUUCUUUAUGGCACAAUGACCUUAGAGCUUGGGGGAACAGUCAACAUCACCUGUGAGAAAACCGGCUACAGUGCAACAAUUGAAUUCAAACUCAAGCCUUUUUUGGGUAACAAUGACAGUGUUAACCAAAUAUCAGGGAAAAUCAAGCUUGGCAAAGAAGUUCUGGCUAUUUUGGAGGGUCACUGGGACAGUGAAGUUACUAUUAGUGACAAGAAGACAGAUGUUUCAGAGACAUUCUGGAAUCCGACAUCUGAUAUCAAGCAGCGUAGAUUACCUAGAUAUACAGUGAAGUUUGAAGAGCAAGAUGACUUUGAGUCAGAGAAGCUUUGGCAACAAGUGACAAGAGCAAUAAAUAACAAAGACCAAACAGAAGCUACUCAAGAGAAAUACGUUCUGGAAGAAGCUCAGAGAAAGAGUGCCAAAGAGAGGAAACUUAAGGGUGAAGAGUGGACGUGCAAGCUGUUCGAUCAGGACUCAGUCACAGGAGAAUGGCACUACAAAUAUGCUGAUACCAGACCGUGGGACCCUUUGAAUGAUAUGAUCCAAUUUGAAAAAGAUGGCACCAUCCAAACAAAAGUUCGACAUCGGACACCAAUGGUUAGUGUUCCAAAAAUCAAACGAAAGCCAGCCGGUCAGAAGAAAGGAGAGUGUGGUUUCUCAUCCCCGGAGCCUGAUAACCAGGACUCCUCUGGGAGUGAAGCGCAACUUUUGAAGCAUAAUACUAGAAUAAGGAAAAAAGGGGCAGACCUUGGUGAACUGCAGAGUGCCAUUGAAUCUAUAAAGGAAACACAAGAAGACAUUAAGAGGGACAUUAUGGCUCUACGAAAUAGAGUCGUGUCUAAUUCACCACCCGUGGACUACCAUUUCUUGCAGUUUAAGCACUAUGUCUUCAUUUUACUCGUGGUUCUGCUACAGCUUAUCAUUAAUUUCUUGUUCAAAUAGGAAGUGUGAACAAGGGCCUUUCUGAACUGGAAUGAUCGAACUGUUACUGGGGACCAUAUUUUAAGUUGGACUUUAAAUGAUGCAAUAUUAUCUAAAAGAGCCCUGUAGCAACAACUUACAGAACUUUGCGUCAGCGUCCAUGGUUCAGAGUCAUACUCCCGUCUACCCAGUUGAAGUAAGAAUUGUGUAAGUGCCAGUACGCUCUUGCUCCUGGUGUGUGCCUCUGUCUCGCAGACAUACAACAUCAGCCUUGUGUUUUAUAUUACGUCAUAUGCUGUACUGAUGAAUCUUCACCACAGAAUAGAUGAAGUUAAAAAUUCAGAGGUCAGACCCUGUAGGUAGGAUGUGAUUCUCGUUAUGGUAGAGUGAUAAACAAGCAUACUUUGUUACGUUUAAACUUACCAUUUUUGUAGCAAAGGAACUUUUGAAGUAGCCAACAGUUUUUGUAAAUGGCAUUGGGUGUUUGGAAGUAAACUUUUGUUUAAGGUCAAACAAAUACAUUAUUAUACAAAGAUCACAAGUGUUAGGAACUGGCAGGUAAAAAGCUGAAGUCUUUGGGAAUUCUGCAAUGCAAUGUCCUUGAUUUGUUUUGGAAGUAUGAGGUUUUUUUAUCCUGAAUUACUAUAGUGGCUUGUAAGCCAGCUGUUUUAUUUUUAUAGUUUUAAAACUUCAGAUUCUUCAUAAAAACAUUCCUGCAUCUGCUGUAUGGAGCACAUUUUUUAACAGUACAGCACCUGGGAAGGUACUGUCUUGAUCCCCUCUCUCCCGUGAAUUGCUAAUGUCAAGGAUUUAUGGUAUGUUGGCAAGUCUUGAUAAAUCUACAGCUUUGAAUUUACAUUUGUGUAUGGCCACGUCACAGUAAGGAGGCAGACUGCUGAUGCCAGGACUCUUUCUUAUUUUUGAAACAAAAUGUGAAGAUGCAAACGUGUGCUUAGUAUGUAGCUUGAGUUGAACCUCCCAAAAGGCAGACGAUGUAGAACAGAAUUUGGGCACGGUCAUGAGUUCACUUGCAAAUGAAAACCUGUGUGUUUACAAGGGGAAGGUCUUCAGAAAUUGUAGGAUGGCUAACACCACACAUAUCAAAACAAAUGAGAGUGAAACCCUAAGUCUUUGUUAAAUUUCUCCUUACUGCAGUAUAUACUACCUAACAGAACACAUGGAUGCACCUAUGCAUUAUGCUGUAGCCAUACAAAUUAAUGUGAAGCUUAAGUUUCAAUUUAAAACCAGGGUGUCUAACAUUUUUAUUUGAAGAAAUAUAUGCAUGUAUAACCUUGUAAAAUUCCAGCAAAAAAAUUUAGUGCCAGUGUUUAUCUGGUGAAUUCCUUACCCCCGUCAAGCGCACCAAGUCAAAAAGGAGCUGUACUAUUGUAAAGGUACUCUCUGUAACCCAGAUGAGACAAGAGGAGGGUGAGCGGCACAAUGCAAAGGGCAGCCAAGUUUGUGUUCAGAGGAUCCUCUCAGAAAUCAAAUCCAUCCCGGGCAGUGGAACAGUUCAAAGGUCACGUUUGGCGCUUUGCCACAGCCCGGUUAUCCCUCUGCCUUGGCCAGCCUCCCUGACUCUCCAGGUGAUCUACCUUUCUGUUCUGUGUCAGUCUCACCGGUGUUUAGUGAAAAUACUAUUUAUGUGUUGUUUAUCAGUCUAGCUCCUAUAUUCCUGUGGCUGACACCUUCGCACACCUCCCCUUCUCUUUUACCUUUACCUUUCUUUGGGCCUCAGCUACGUAAAAGUUUAUUGCGUAAGCAGUCAACUUCAGCUUAUUUCUUACAGCUUCAUAUUAGCAUAGUUUGGUCUUGAAUCGUUUUCUGGAAUGUGGCACCUUAACCAGAGGGAUCUUGUAUACGUGGGCAAGACCAAACUUGGGUGGACUUCUAUUAUAUCUACAGCUGAUGAGGUAAAAUUUGUGAAUGUAUAAAGUCCCUCUGUAAAA